AUUUUAAAACUGUGAGACUGACGGAAAUACAUAACGAGCCGAUGCGGACAAUAUCUGCUAGCGGUGGACUUGGGCUUUCACAAUUUCAAUCACCAUAUUUGCUCUCAUAACAACAAAUGGUGGUUGUGGUGUUCCUGAGAUGUGGACCAUAGGAUCAGCUGUUUGGUGGUGGGAACUCUCCAGCUCUUGCUCUGGCAGCACUUGCAGCCUUUGCAAGUGGCCUCAUUGCCAUCUUGGCUCUUCCUCGGUCUACUGCUCAGAAGCACAGAACCCUCACAUGAGGUAAUCAGCUAUAUCCGUUUCUCCUUUUCUUUUAUAGAACUUAUCAUAUCCAUUGGAAAACCGUUCAACUCAUCCUACAAACUUGUAAACAGCUUUAAAUAAACAUUAUGAGACUCUGUUUAUACAGGGUUUCUCCUUUUAAAAAGUUCCCUUAGUUGAUUGUCAGAAUAUUUAAAAAGCUUGGUUGGUGUGCAUCUCAUCCAUGAUGAACAAGAUAAUUGAUCUGAAUUUUGAUGCAAAUUGCAUUGGGUUUGGAAAAGCUUGUUUAGUAGAUUUCAGUAGGAAGGAGGUGUGGUCUAUACAUUGGGGGAGCGCUGGUGUGAUCGUUGAUGGGUGCUUUAUAUUAGUAAGCGACAGAUGAGUGAGGAAUUUGCUUUUAUGAACAUCAGUCCCACCUCAUGGAAAUGUUGCUUUAUGACAAUUUUUGCGUUAAAAGUGGGGAAGCCUGAGCUGUGGAUUCCAAAAUUACUCGGAGGACUAGUUUCUUACCAACGAAGGGUUCUGUUGCUUGAUACUUACCUUUCACCCAUAUCAACUGAUAGAGCCAAAGACACAUGGGAUCUGACAUUGGAUUGUGUUAUGAGUUUCAGAGAUGUAAUAUCCUAUACGAAGGAAAAACUGGUCCUUGUGCAGCAGCAGCUGCUGCUGCUGCUGUUGCUGCUCAGAGGGUGGCUGGGUGAUGAUGAUAGGGUUCUGUGCCUCAGGUAAGGACACAGUCCCCCAGCUGCUCUUCCCUCUAAGAGAGACAGACUCAUCUCUGUAGGGAGAAAAGGGAUACAUAUUUAAUGGUUGUAAUUGGAGCACCUAAAUCUGUGUGUUCCCUUUCUCCCAUCUGCUCCUUCAUACAGCCAUUCCACUGUCACCUUCCCCAUUAACAUACCAUCAGGUGGUCCCAUUCUUAUGCCCUCUUGCAGCACCACACCCAUGAAGAAUCCUGUUUCUAUUUAAUCCUCUAAAACCAACCAAAUAAGAUGACAAACAGUUCUUGGGGGGGAUUUUUUUCCACCCCCCUUUCCUUCCUCUUUUUGCAUUUCUAAGCAUCCUGUGGUGGAUUUGACCCUGAGAAAUUCACUGCUCCUCCCUUGGUUUAUCUGCUCUAAGCCCAAGUUACCCACCUGGAAUAAUAAUAGGUCCAAAUGAGCAAAUGGAGUGCAGAUGUUAACCCAUUUCAAGUAUAUGUUAAAUAUUAUUCCUCCCAAUCCACAUCCUUCACUCCUUUUUAUCUCAUCCCCACGACCAAACCAAAAUCUGUGAAGAACAACAUGAACCGUCACCACAGAAUAUCAAGGAUAAAGUUGUUUCAGAACAUAUUUUGUUCUCUUUUCCCCUUCAUUCUUGACCAAGAUCGAUAACAGUCGAACCACUUUAUCGAUUUUUUUCGUUGAAAUUGUUACAGACACAUGGAGUUGUGGUUGUAAUAAUGGAUAUGAUGAUUUCCCACAUGGGUUGUUCAAGAAUCGGACAUGCAUGUUGCUUUUGAACAUGCAAACAUCUCCUUUGCCUACGAAGAUGAUAGAAGCUAUAAGCCAGUAAUCUUCCAGAGAAAGCACCCCCAAAAGAAAAAUAUAAACCACCAGUUUAUAUGCUCCCUGUCAUUUCAAAGAAUUUUGUUUCUCGAACUCCUCGUCCACUUGACUUUACAAGAUAAGUUUCUUUUAUCCCUUUCAGCCAUAUUUUCAAAACUCAACCACAAGACAUUGGAGUCUUAAAAAAGAUUAUCCACUCAGUUUCCCAUUAUGAAUAUUAAUUCCCACUACUCACAAAUUGAAUAAAAUUUCCCAAAUGGGUUUGUGGCGGUUUCAAAAUAAUCCUUUUCAAUUUUCAAUUGCCUUCACUUGUACCUCAAGAUAAGAUAAAAGAGGUUUGAAAAUCUUGGCUCCCCCAUAUCCCAUCUGUUUGUUCUUGUGAUGGAAUGAUUUUGUGCUAAUGGGGUCGAAAAGUUGAUGAAGGCUUUUAAGAAGGACAGUCGGCCCCUAACCUUUUCUUUCUUGUAAACUGUCGUUGAUUUAUAGAGACACGUUCGAAAAUAGGACGGCAGGAAAUUUUGUGGGGUGGCAAUCCCUCUAUUUAUUAUAUAAACCCAUUCUCCCAUUCACUCUCAUCAUUCCAUUUCGAGAAGCUCUUACAAAGAAAUACACCAAAAUAUCAGAGAAGAGGAGAGAGAGAAGAGGAGGAGAGAGAGAGAGAGUCAUUUACUCUCAAUCUUAUAUCUAUCUAUUUUAUCCCUCAAAUACAGAUAUCAGAUAGAAGAAGGAAUUAGAACAGAAGAUUGUGGUAGCUAAUAAGGUAUAGGUAGAGCUAUGUGUAACCCAAAACCAUCUCCUCCUAACUACAAAACCAAAACCAACCUCAUGACUGCCACUCCCAACAAGAAUUUGGACAAUAUUAAUUGUAGUAAUCUUCAUAAUAACAAUCUUCUCAAACCUGCUGAUGAUCAACUUGCUCAGCUUCAUACAUUUCCAACUCUUUCUGAGGCUGUGGAAGAAAUGAAGGAAAUAGGGAAGAUUUCUGGUCCAACAGCGGUUACAGGGCUGCUUUUGUACUCGAGAGCUAUGAUCUCCAUGCUUUUUCUUGGGUACCUUGGAGAGCUUGAACUUGCAGGGGGUUCUCUCUCGAUUGGCUUUGCUAACAUCACUGGUUACUCUGUUCUCUCUGGGUUGGCCAUGGGGAUGGAACCCAUUUGCGGCCAAGCUUAUGGAGCUAAGCAAUGGAAACUCCUUGGCAUAACGCUUCAAAGAACUGUCCUCCUCUUACUCACUUCUUCUGUUCCCAUCUCCUUCAUGUGGCUCAACAUGAAGAGAAUCCUCUUAUGGUGUGGCCAAGAUGAGGAAAUCUCUACCGUCGCUCAAACUUUCAUCCUCUUCUCAAUUCCGGACCUCAUUUUCCUCUCCCUUCUUCACCCACUUCGAAUUUACUUGAGAACUCAAAGCAUUACCCUCCCAUUGACUUAUUGCUCUGCUCUCUCUGUUUUGCUCCAUGUUCCCCUGAAUUUCCUUCUGGUUGUGCAUUUCAAAAUGGGGAUUUCUGGAGUGGCCAUUGCCAUGGUUUGGUUCAAUUUGAACGUCUUCUUGUUCCUUGCUUCUUUCGUUUACUUCUCUGGAGUUUACAAGGAUUCUUGGGUUUCUCCAAGUGUGGAUUGCCUCCAUGGAUGGGCUCCUCUGCUUUCUCUUGCAAUUCCUACUUGUGUCUCUGUUUGCCUUGAAUGGUGGUGGUACGAAUUCAUGAUAAUGCUUUGUGGGCUUCUAGGAAAUCCCAAGGCCACAAUUGCUUCAAUGGGGAUUUUGAUUCAAACCACUUCUUUGGUCUACGUUUUCCCUUCCUCUCUCAGCCUUGGUGUCUCUACCAGAGUUGGAAACGAAUUAGGGGCAAAUCGACCAGCCAAAGCUCGCAUUUCCAUGAUCGUCUCACUCGCCUGCGCCGCCGCACUCGGCGUGGCGGCCAUGGUGUUUACCACUUUAAUGAGGCACAAAUGGGGCAGAUUUUUCACCAACGACGCCGAUAUUUUGGAACUCACAGCGGUGGCAUUGCCGAUUGUGGGGCUCUGUGAGCUGGGAAACUGCCCACAAACCACCGGCUGCGGGGUGUUGAGAGGAAGUGCUCGGCCGACGACGGGAGCAAACAUAAAUUUGGGGUCGUUCUAUUUGGUGGGUUUUCCGGUGGCGAUUUUGAUGGGGUUUGUGGUGAAAUUGGGAUUUGCAGGGCUGUGGAUUGGAUUGCUUGCGGCUCAAGGUUCAUGCGCUGUGAUGAUGAUUUAUGUACUUUGCACAACAGAUUGGAUGGUUCAAGUUGAAAGAGCGAUGCAACUAACAAAGGCUUCUUCUAAUUGCAAUCCGCCAUUGCUGCCAAUUUCAGCUUCUUCUUCUUCUUCUUCUUCAGAAAAUCAUCGUAGCAGUGAAAACGGUAAGGAUGAAACUCAGAGUACGAAAAAGAUGACAAAUUUGGAGCAGAUUUUGUGCAGUAAUCAUGAAACUGACCCUCUCAUACCCACUGCAGCACACACUACUGUUCAUUAAGGUCUCAGUUCUCCUUUUUCUUCUUUGUAAUUUUUCCUUCUUUCUAAUUUUUGCCCCCUCCCGAGGAAUCCUGAUGUGAAAACCCAAUUUAUUUAACCGACCCCACCUGUUGUAGAAAUCACUACUUUCUUCAUUUUCUUUUUUUGGGGUUAAA